AUGGUUUCCGAUGGCGAGGCAUCCUUUUUUAAGGGUAUGCUGCUUGGGAGCAUUUCCUGUGUUUUGAUAACUUUGUUUGGCCAAAUUAACAUUCCACACGAAGGUAAAAUUCAAGAUCAUGAGCACCAUCACCUUCGCGCACCUAACAGAGAGGAUUUCUUAAAAAUGUCGGAAGUGCAACGCAUGGAGCUUAGUAAAAGUAUCCGCGUUUAUUGUAUCAUACUUGGAGAAUCCAAAUAUGAGAGUUAUCGGGCUAUACUGAAAGACACUUGGACCAAACACUGUGAUAAAGCUGAGUUCUACAGUACUAAAAACAGUCGUUUGUUCAAUACAGAAACAAAUGACAUGUGGCUACAGAUGAGGGAAACCUACAAAUAUGUCUUUGAAAAGUAUGGCUAUGACUACAAUUGGUUCUUUCUUGCACGUCCCACUACGUUUGCUGUCAUUGAAAAUUUAAAGUAUUUUUUGUUUAAGAAGAAUGCAACCCAGCCAUUCUAUCUGGGCCAUACUAUAAAAUCUGGAGACCUCGAAUACGUAGCUAUGGAAGGAGGCAUUGUCUUAAGUAUGGAGUCCAUGAAAAGACUUAACAGAGUUCUCAACUCUGAAAACUGUGAAGAUCAAAGUAUCCUUUGGAAGUUAUCUGAAGACAGGCAGCUGGCCAUCUGCCUGAAAUAUGCAGGAGUUCUUGCAGAAAAUGCAGAGGAUUCCGAAGGAAGACAUGUAUUUAAUACAGAACCAAUUGUACACCUUAUUAAAGAGGCAAUGUCUAAUAACCCUCAGCAAGUAGUAAAAGGCUGCUGUUCAGAUAUGGCUAUCACUUUUAAUGGACUGACUCCUAGAAAGAUGGAAGUAAUGAUGUAUGGCGUGUACCGGCUUAGGGCGUUUGGACAUCAUUUCAAUGACGCACUGGUUUUCUUACCCCCAAAUGGUUCAGAAAAUGACUGA